UGACUGCCCCUACCUACAAGAGCUUCCCUCAUUUUAUAUUAGUGUAUUGAUACUCUUAACCACAUCACGUAAGAGAACGCCUACAUUAUGAAAUUCCACCCAGUAUGAAUUCUAUAAAGUGCGCAGCCAACAUAUUGCAGCCAGUCAGACGAGUUUCGCAUUUGAUCGCGUCGAGUGAUAUACGCAUUGAACUUUAAAAUGAUCUCUUUAAUUGUGUUGGGCCUCUCGCUGUUGGCGUUGGGCUGGUACUAUCUGAAGCAUCAUUACUCAUAUUGGGAACGACGAGGCUUUCCCACCGAUAAGAAUGCUUCUAUUCCCUUUGGAUGUCUCGGAAGCGUCUUAAAAAUGCAGAAGGCCAUGGGCAUGGCAGUUCACGAUGUCUACUUGCAAAGUAAAGAGCGUUUUCUCGGCACCUAUUUACUCUUCCGUCCAGCUGUUUUGGUGCGUGACGCAGAGUUGGCCCGGCGAGUGCUUGCGCAAGAUUUUGCUAGUUUUCACGAUCGCGGCAUGUAUGUCGAUGAAGAAAAAGACCCAUUGUCGGCAUCGAUCUUUGCAUUACCCGGUCAGAGUUGGCGUUCUAUGCGACAGAAGCUUUCGCCCUGCUUCACCUCCGGCAAGCUGAAGGCAAUGUACAGCACCGGCGAAGACAUUGGAAACAAGAUGGUAAAUCACUUGCAGAAAGAAUUGCCGGAACAAGGUUCCAAGGAAGUGGAUCUUAAGGCUGUGAUGCAAAUAUAUGCCAUCGACAUCAUUGGCUCCACAAUCUUCGGACUGGAUAUCAACAGUUAUGAGCAGCCUGAUAACAAGUUCAGGAAGUUGGUUACCGCUUUACCAACCGAUAAUCGCCUAAUGGCCUACAUGCAGAUGCUGGUUAUAUUAAUUCCCUCCAUCGCACGGUUGAUCUUCAGUCUUCGCUUGCCGAAUGCGAUCGGAGCUGCCAUGUUAGCCAUUGUAAAGGACACCAUGGAGCAAAGAGAAAAACAGGGCAUUGUGCGUAAGGACAUGAUGCAGCUGUUUAUGCAAUUGAGAAACAAAGGUAGUGUCGAUGAGGACGACAAUAAGACCUGGAGUUUAGAGACCACAGAUGACGGACACUUAAAGAGCAUGUCGCUGGAGGCAAUUACCGCGCAGGCUACCGUCUUUUAUUUCGCUGGACAGGAGACAACGGGAUCAACAGCUGCAUUCACUAUUUUUGAGCUUGCCCAGAAUCCGGAGCAUCUUCAGCGACUUCAAAACGAGGUGGAUGAGACGUUGAAGCAGAAUAAUGGGCAAAUUUCUUACGAUGUGCUUAACAAGAUGGAGUUCCUCGACCUCUGUGUGACUGAAACUUUGCGCAAAUAUCCUGGUUUGCCCAUGUUAAACCGAGAGUGCACUAAGGACUUUACCUUGCCAGAAACGGAUUAUGUAAUUAAGAAGGGCACUCCUGUCGUGAUCUCCCUUUAUGGAAUACACCGUGACCCCGAGUACUUCCCGGAUCCCGACAAAUACGAUCCGAAUCGAUUUGCAGAGGAAACAAAGAACUACAAUCCCGUCGCGUAUAUGCCCUUCGGCGACGGACCCAGGGUCUGCAUUGCCCAGCGAAUGGGUCGCAUUAACUCCAAGCUAGCCAUUGUAAAAAUACUGCAACACUUUGAUAUCGAAGUGAUGAGCAAACGGGAGUUACAGUAUGAGCCCUCUGGCUUUCCACUAGUGCCCAAGGAUGGAGCAAAGGUUCGUCUCUCCAAACGGACACCCUUGGCUCAAUCGCGACAAGUGUUAUACGAUUCUAUUCGCUUCUAUUCGAACUUUGAAAUGCUCUCUUUGAUUAUCUUAGGCCUCUCGCUAUUGGCGUUGGGCUGGUACUAUCUCAAACAUCAUUACUCAUAUUGGGAACGACAAGGCUUUCCCACCGAUAAAAAUGCAUCUAUUCCCUUUGGAUGUCUCGGUAGCGUCUGGAGGAGAGAGAAGGCCAUGGGCUUGGCUGUACACGAUGUUUACUUAAAGAGUAAAGAACGUUUUCUCGGUACCUAUUUACUCUUCCGUCCAGCUGUACUAGUGCGUGACGCUGAGCUAGCUCGACGAGUGUUGGCUCAAGAUUUCGCAAGUUUCCACGAUCGCGGCGUUUAUGUUGACGAGGAGAAGAAUCCAUUGUCGGCAUCGAUCUUUGCCUUACCCGGCCAGAGCUGGCGUUCUAUGCGACAGAAACUUUCGCCCUGUUUUACCUCCGGCAAGCUGAAGGCAAUGUACAGCACAGGAGAGGAUAUUGGAAACAAGAUGGUGAAUCACUUGAAGAAAGAACUUCCGGAACAAGGUUUCAAGGAAGUGGACCUUAAGGACGUGAUGCAAACAUAUGCCAUCGAUAUCAUCGCUUCCACCAUCUUUGGGAUGGACAUCAACAGUUACGAGCAGCCAAACAACAAGUUUAAGAAGCUAGUUUCCGCUGCCCGAGUCAAUACUAGAUUUACAGCUCUAUUUGGGAUGCUGAUAUUCCUGGUUCCUUCUGUCGCACGGCUGAUGUUCCGCCUUGGCUUGCAGAACCCUGUUGGAUUAGCAAUGUUAGCCAUUGUUAAGGAGACCAUCGAGCAAAGAGAGAAACACGGCGUUGUGCGCAAGGAUAUGAUGCAGCUGCUCAUUCAGUUGAGGAACAACGGCAGCAUCGAUGAGGACGACCACAAAAUCUGGAGCUUAGAGAAGACAGAUGACGGCCGUUUAAAAAGCAUGUCGCUGGAAGCAAUUACCGCGCAAGCUUUUAUAUUUUAUAUUGCUGGUCAGGAGACAACGGGAUCAACAGCUGCAUUCACAAUUUUUGAGCUUGCUCAGCAUCCGGAACAUUUGAAGCGUCUUCAAGAUGAGGUUGAUGAGACGUUGAAGCAGAACGAUGGACAAAUUACCUACGACGUGCUGAACAAGAUGGAGUUCCUUGACCUAUGUUUGAAUGAAACGUUGCGCAAAUAUCCUGGUCUUCCUCUCCUAAACCGAGAGUGUACUAAGGACUUUACUUUGCCGGACACGGACCAUGUGAUUAAGAAGGGCACUCCCGUCGUGAUCUCCCUUUAUGGAAUACACCGUGACCCCGAGUACUUCCCGGAGCCCGACAAAUAUGAUCCAAAUCGAUUUGCAGAAGAGACAAAGAACUACAAUCCCGUGGCAUACAUGCCAUUCGGUGAGGGACCCAGGAUCUGCAUUGCACAGCGAAUGGGCCGCAUUAACUCAAAGCUUGCCAUCGUAAAAGUACUACAACAUUUUAAUAUCGAAGUAAUGAGCAAACGGGAGGUGAAGUUCGAAGCCUCUGGCAUUGCCCUUAUGCCAAAGGAGGGCGUAAAGGUGCGUCUCUCCAAAAGGACCCCCGUGUCUCAAUGAAAUAUUUGCCGAAGUUACGAAUUGAAUAAAACUCGACAAUGCCGCAAAUUCGAUUAGAUAAAAGGCCAUUAAGAUAAUGGUGCGAAAUAAAUAGAUAACUAAUAGUAUUUAAACCUCCUUAUCGAUGUUACAAAUAUAUAUAGAGUCGAGUCAGAGCUGUGAAUGUUAAUGGAGUCAACACUUUUUAUUAAAUGCUUCAAAUUGUUGCACUUAUAUUAUCUGUCAGAUUAGUCAGCAUAUAAAUUUAUUUAUAAUUAUUACAGAUUAAAGGUACUU